AUGUGUGGUCAUGGUGAUGAGACUGAUAUUCAUGUGUUUAAAAACUGUAAAGCUUUGCAUUGCUUUUGGUUAUUGGGCCCCUUAAAGUUGAAAGCAAAAGAGCACCCAUCACAAAUGUUGAAUGAGUGGCUUUUUGAUAUGAUGGACGUACUACCUACUGAGCUUGUGGAUGUAUUUUUUAUUUCUCUUUGGUCCAUUUGGACAGAGAGAAAUAAUAUUCUUUGGAGGAAUAGUACUUUCCAACCCAUGCAUUUGAUUCAACGGAGUGUUAAGCAGCUACAAGAUUUCCAGCAGGUUCAACCCAAAAGGGGAAAGCAGAAGAAGAGAUCGAUUACAAAGUGGGAGAACCCCCCAGCGGGUAGAUUGAAAAUUAAUAUUAAAGGGGCCUUCAGAACGGAAAGUGGUAGUGGAGGCAUUGGAGUGGUUGUUAGAGAUGAUUUGGGUAGGGGCAUUGCGGCUAUUGCUAGACCUUUUGUACAUGCACACUCAGCUCUGAAUAUGGAAGCUGAGGCGUGUAGAGCUGGUCUUCUUCUUGGUAUUCACCAAGGAUGGUCUGAAAUUGAUAUUGAAAGUGACUCCACCCUUUUAGUUGCGGCUCUCCAAAGUGGGGAGAAGAAUUUGUCGGAGAUUGGUCGGGUUUUAGAUGACUGUAAGGAUUACCUGCGUGGUUUUCAGUCAGUUAAAAUUCGACAUAUCUACCGGGAAGCAAACGGAGUUGCACUUAGACUUGCACACCUUGCUAGCAUGUUUGUCAUUGAUGAUGUUUGGGUAGAUGAGACUCCUGCUAUUAUUCAGGAUGUUCUCUACGAGGAUUAUCCUCACUGUUUUUAUCAUUGUAGUACUAGUGUACGGGGUUUAGGUUUUACGUCCCCCCCUAUGCAAAUUUCUGUUAUUACUUAA